AUGGGCAACAACAGUGACACUGUGGUGACGGAAUUUAUUUUGCUUGGCCUCUCCAACUACCCAGUGGCUCAGGCUGUAUUCUUCUGGAUCAUCUUGACAGUCUACCUCAUCAACCUGAUUGGGAACGGGCUGAUGGUUGUCCUGAUUGUGACUGAUCCCCACCUGCACACCCCAAUGUACUUUUUCCUCAGCAAUCUCUCCUUCCUGGACAUUUGCUACACUAGUACGGGCGUCCCACAAGCCUUGGUUACCUCCACCACAGAGAGGACCACCAUCUCAUUCAUGGGCUGCAUGGCCCAAAUCCACAUUAGUCUAUAUUUUGGGACCACAGAAUGCAUCCUCCUGGCUGUCAUGGCAUACGACCGCUUUGUGGCCAUAUGCAGCCCAUUACACUACACCCUGGCCAUGAACUGGAGAGUGUGUGUCCAGCUAGUAGCUGGGACAUGGGGCAGUGGCCUUAUCUUGACUCUCAUCCCUACGGCAAUCGGGCCAAAGCAGUUCUGCGGCUCCAACAUCAUCAAUCACUUCACCUGCGAGGCGCAGACUGUUGGCAAGCUGAAUUGUGCUGACACCCAUCUCAAUGACAUCAUCUCUUUCAUAAACACAGUGGUUGUUCUCAUUGUCCCCUUUGUUUUCAUCUUGAUGACAUACCUGCGUAUUGACUUGGCUCUGUGGCAGAUGCAUUCCACUAAGGGGCGGAGUAAGGCCUUUUCUAUCUGUAGUUCCCAUCUGGCUGUAGUCAGCACCUUCUAUGGCUCAGCCAUGGUCAUGUACCUUCAACCAAAAUCUAAAUAUGCCUCAGACAGGGACAAGAUUAUCUCUGUUCUCUAUGGAGCAGUGACUCCUAUGCUGAACCCUCUGAUAUACAGCCUGAAGAAUAAAGAUGUCAAAGGUGCUCUGAUGAAACUGCUUGGGAAGAAAAUGUUGAAAUAA